UCACAGACAACCACAUUCACACCUGAAAAUGAUAUGGGAAUGCUUUUAUAACCCAAUUUGUCAGUUUAAGUACACUCAGGUGUGUGGUUGUCUUUAGGCAAAGAAUGUCAAUGAAAAAGGUUCCUAAUUUUGCACGAAGGGUGUUCGAUCCUAAAUUGCUCAUAUGAAUAAGUCCCUUUAAAAUCCAAGAUACUCGCCCCUUUUCAGGUGAUUUUGAUUAAGAAAAAUCAAACGAGGAUCUGCUACGAGGCAUGUCGGUGGUCUUUUCAGUGUACAAGUCAUUAAAAAUGAAUCAAGUCUGGAAUGGAAAGUGAGUGUAGUCCACCAGAUGGCGCUGUUAGACUGCGUGUGACAGCUGCGCAUUGAGCCUCCGAGCACAGGUAACAUUACGGUACCGCCUCUACUGUCGGUCCAACCAACUUGAACAACAUGCCGCUUUCAAACAGUCAGUCACACCGCAGCAACUUUCUCUCUGUGCCUGGAUUUAAAUGAACACCUGAAGCGUUCUCUAGACUCAAACGCCUCAUGAUCGACACCGAAUCCUGAAACCUGAAAUGUGGACGGGACUCACCUGAGUGGACUAAAGGUUAACGUCCACAGAGGCUUGUUGUUUUAAGGGUGGGCGCAUUAACCCGGAAUUUUAUUAAAAUGCCUGUGAUGUGGAGGACCUGCAUCUUUUUCCUGGCGUGUUGCUCGGGAUUAGGGUUUGAAAGCCCAAACAAAUGCGAUGAAGUGCGCAAACUUUUCCAACUCAGGCAAAUUGGACCAAAUCAGUUACUGCCUUUAAAUCCCAGACCAGGUUCAGACCUUCAGGUGUGUAUGUCCAAGAAUCUGACCUGCUGCACCAAGAAGAUGGAGGAGAAGUACCAGGUGGCGGCCCGGAGAGACAUCCAGAACCUUCUCCAGACGUCCAGCUCCAGCCUGAAAUUUAUCUUUUCCCGUAAUGUGGCAGCUUUUCAAGACACCUUUGAAGUCCUGAUGAGGCAGGCGGAGAACUACACUAAUGUUGUUCUCCACGAGUCGUACCGCACCAUGGCUGAUCAGGCCGUGGGCCCUGUGCGGGAAUUCUUUACUGACAUUGGUCUCUUCCUGUUGGGGUCCGAGCUCAGUGUCGAUGACUCAGUACAGCGAUUCUUCAGCGCUCUCUUCCCGCUGGUCUACAAUCACCUCAUCAACCCAGGCCUUAGUGACUUAUCACCAGGCUACGCAGAAUGUGUGAGGGCGUCCAGCCGUGAUCUGAGACCAUUUGGUGGGACGCCCAGCCUCCUGGCAGAUCAGAUUGCUCGGUCUGGGGUCUCCGGGAAGCUUCUCCUUCAGGCACUGCACCUCGGCAUCGAAGUUAUCAAUACCACAGACCACCUACAGCUGAGCCGGGAGUGCAGACGGGCGCUGCUCAAGAUGCACUACUGUCCCCACUGUCAGGGCUUAACCCAGUCCAAGCCCUGCAUGGGUUACUGCCUCAAUGUGAUGCGUGGCUGCUUGGCGAGCAUGGCUGAGAUUGACACCCACUGGAGGGACUUUGUUCGCUCGCUGGAGGGCCUGUCAGCACGGAUGCAGGGACCCCAGGAUUUAGAGCAAGUGCUUCUGGGGGUUCACACGCUGCUUCAUGAUGCCGUUGGACACGCUCAGAAAAAUGGGCCCCGCCUCUCAGCACAGGUUCACAAACUGUGUGGCCCACCAAGCAGGAAACCUGCACAGUCAGUCAGCAUCCAGAGCAGCAUCAGCAGCAGCAGCAGCAGCAGUGAGUCCAUUCCUCUUAAAGCUCUUGUCAGAGCGUCAGGGGACUCGCUCGCUGUCAGGAGAAGGGACUUUCUGAACAGUCUACGUCUAUACCGCACGUACUACGGUGGCCUGGCGGAUCAGCUGUGUGUGAGUGACCUGGCCUCUGGUGAUGGGCUGUCCUGCUGGAAUGGAACCGACAUCGUAAAAAGCUACACCCUUCGCGUGGUGGGCAGUGGGGUCAAGGCUCAGAGUACCAAUCCCGAAGUCAAAGUGAAGGGAGAGGAUCCUGUCAUAAAUCAGAUCAUUGACAAACUGAAGCACAUCAAUCAGCUUUUGCAGGGAAAGUCCAUUCCUAAAUUGGGGUCACUGGACCAGAUUGAAACAGGAAGCGGAGAUGCUGAGGGACGGUACAGUGGCGACUGUGAUGAUGAAGACGGAUGUGGUGGUUCAGGUGGUGGCGAGAAUAAGAAGAAAAUCCCCAGAGUCUCCAAAUUGAGUCCAGCUUUGACGGGUGAUCAUACACAUCAUCAUCAUCGUCAUUAUCCACUUGCCGAGGAUACAGAAAUGGAGGGCAGAUCCAAGAGCCUUGGACUGAGAAGAGCCAUCUGGGUCUUGAUUUUGCCUUGUUUACAUAUGCUCCUGGCCUUGUAACAGCUGCCUUUUUGCAGCAUGAAUCUUUCAGGACUUGAUUUCAAGCUUAUUAAUCCAGAAAUGAGAGGGCCAGUGGACGUAACAAGCUCCAAUAUGUAAUGGAGCACCGCUUCCACACAGUGCAGGACAUGGAAGGAGUGAACACUAAUGUGUGUGUGUGGAAAUUACACUGUGACUGUGAGGCCUAUAUGUAAUAGAACAUUUGGUUCAGCUUUGCAAUUAUUAAUUAUUUUUCAUCAGUUACCUGGCAUUCAUUAACACUAAUACUGACAUUAUUUAUAACAGCUGAUGUCAAAACUAAAUACAGCAUAUGUUGUAAAAGAUUAGUAUUAAUUUAAUUGCAUUUCUGCACAUAAUAUAUGAUCUGUAAAUGUAUAUAAUCAUUAAUUUGGUUCUGCAUAUUACACUGUAAAGCACUCCAAAGAGCGUGGCUUGUCCUUUUAAAUGGGGUUUUACAACUGCUGUGAAAUGAGUCAAGUCAAGUAAUGAGAAGGUUACUUUUGAUAUAUUCAACGUGGUGAGAUAUAUAUAUAUAUCUAUAUAUAUAUAUCCCAUUGUUCCCAGUUUCAGUAUUUGUAAAAUCAUUGUAAAAUCACAAAUUAAAAUGACCUGUUACUCUUGUA